CUGAAGCUUUGAAGGGCGCGCUGUGGGCCUUGAGGCGCCUCGUGUCGAACCGGGGUACAGGCCAGAUGUGCGGGAGGAUGAGAGGAUUCACCAGAAACAGAGUGGAGAACAGAACAGGCAGACUGAUGAAAUACACUGCUGAGGGAAGCAGUGGGCGAGAUAGGAGAGGUCCGCUGCACCAUGUGGGACCCUCGCUGGCCGGCUGGGAUUGAACCGGCACUGCAGAGACAAAGCAAUGACAGCCCGAGUGCUUGUAAUUGGCAAUGGAGGAAGAGAACAUACACUGGCCUGGAAACUUGCACAGUCUUACCAUGUCAAGCAAGUGUUGGUUGCUCCAGGAAAUGCAGGCACAGCCUUCUGUGAAAAGAUUUCAAAUACUGCUGUUUCUACCAGUGAUCACACUGCCCUUGCUCAAUUCUGCAAAGAUAACAACAUUGAUAUGGUGGUUGUUGGACCAGAAGCACCUCUGGCUGCGGGAAUUGUUGGGAACCUGACAUCUGCAGGGGUGCGAUGCUUUGGCCCCACAGCUGAAGCAGCUCAGUUAGAGUCCAGCAAAAGAUUUGCUAAAGAGUUUAUGGAUCGACAUGGGAUCCCAACUGCAAGAUGGAAAGCUUUCACCAGAGCUGAAGAGGCCUGCCGCUUCAUUAUGAGUGCAGACUUCCCUGCUUUGGUUGUGAAAGCCAGUGGUCUUGCAGCUGGGAAAGGGGUGAUUGUUGCAAAGAGCAAAGAGGAGGCCUGCAAAGCAGUGCAGGACAUCAUGCAAGAUAAAGCUUUUGGAGCAGCUGGAGAAACAGUUGUCAUUGAAGAACUUCUUGAAGGAGAAGAAGUAUCUUGUCUGUGUUUCACUGACGGGAGGACCGUGGCUCCAAUGCCCCCAGCCCAGGACCAUAAGCGACUGCUGGACGGAGACCAGGGCCCCAACACAGGGGGGAUGGGGGCCUACUGUCCGGCACCUCAGAUUUCUAAGGAUUUGUUAUUAGAGAUUAAAAAUACCAUACUUCAGAAGACAGUGGAUGGCAUGCAGCAGGAGGGUGUGCCAUACACAGGUAUUCUCUAUGCGGGUAUUAUGCUGACCAAGUGUGGCCCGAAGGUUCUAGAAUUUAAUUGCCGUUUUGGUGAUCCAGAAUGCCAAGUGAUCCUCCCUCUUCUUAAAAGUGAUCUUUAUGAAGUGAUUCGGUCCACCUUAGAUGGUCAGCUCUACACAUCUCCACCUCUUUGGCUUGAAAACCGCACUGCAGUAACUGUUGUCAUGGCAAGUAAAGGUUACCCUGGAGACUACACCAAGGGUGUGGAGAUAACAGGGUUUUCAGAGGCUCAGACUUUAGGAUUGGAGGUGUUCCAAGCAGGCACUGCCCUAAAAGAUGGCAAAGUGGUUACUAGUGGAGGGAGAGUCCUUACGGUGACAGCCAUUCAGGAAAAUCUCAUCUCAGCCCUUGAAGAAGCCAAGAAAGGAUUAGCUGCUAUAAAGUUUGAGGGAGCCAUUUAUAGGAAGGACAUUGGCUAUCGCGCCAUAGCUUUCCUCCAGCAGCCCAGGUGCCUGACUUACAAGGACUCUGGGGUAAACAUUGCAGCUGGAAAUAUGUUAGUCAACAGGAUUAAGCCUUUGGCAAAAGCCACCUCCAGACCAGGCUGUGAUGUUAGUCUUGGAGAUUUUGCUGGUCUUUUUGACAUGAAAGCAGCCGGUUUCAAGAAUCCUCUUCUGGCUUGUGGAACGGAUGGUGUUGGGACUAAACUAAAGAUUGCCCAGCAGUGCAACAGACAUGAUACCAUUGGCCAAGAUUUGGUUGCAAUGUGUGUAAAUGAUAUUCUGGCACAAGGAGCAGAGCCCCUCAUCUUCCUCGAUUACUUUGCCUGUGGAAAACUUGACCUUAAUAUUGCCGAAGCUGUUGUUAAGGGAAUCGCUCAAGCUUGUCAAGAUUGUCAAUGUGCUCUGCUUGGUGGAGAAACAGCAGAAAUGCCUGAUAUGUAUCCUCCUGGAGAAUAUGACUUAGCCGGUUUUGCUGUGGGUGCCAUGGAGCGGGAGCAGAAACUCCCUCAGCUGGACAGAAUCACUGAAGGGGACAACGUCAUUGGAAUAGCUUCAUCUGGUCUUCACAGCAAUGGAUUUAGCCUUGUGAGGAAAAUCGUAGAGAAAUCUUCCCUGCAGUACUCCUCUCCAGCACCUUGUGGUUGUGGUGACCAGACCUUAGGGGAUUUACUUCUGACACCAACCAGACUCUACAGCCGCUCACUGUUACCUAUCCUGCGCUUGGGACACGUCAAGGCAUUUGCCCAUAUCACUGGUGGAGGACUCCUAGAAAACAUUCCCAGGGUCCUCCCUCAGAAAUUUGGGGUAGAUUUAGAUGCCCAGACCUGGAGGAUCCCCAGGAUCUUUUCAUGGUUACAGAAGGAAGGACACCUCUCUGAAGAAGAGAUGGCCAGGACAUUUAACUGUGGGGUUGGCGCUGCCCUGAUAGUAUCAAAGGAUCAGACAAAGCAAAUUCUAAGGGAUAUUGAGCAGCACAAGGAAGAAGCCUGGGUGAUUGGCAAGGUGGUUGCAUGUCCUAAAGGUUCUCCUCGUGUGAAAAUCAAGCAUCUGAUUGAAACUAUAAAAGAAAAUGGAUCAGUGCUGGAGAAUGGCACCCAGCUGGGGAACGGCACCCGGCUGGGGAAUGGUACACAUUUGGGGAAUGGCACUCUGCUAGAGAAUGGCACCUCACUACGGAACAGCAUCCAGGUAGAGAAUGGUUCCCAGCUGGGGAACGGCACCCUGAAAAAUCAUUUGUCUCUCCAGUCAGAAAAAGCAAGAGUGGCUGUCUUAAUAUCUGGAACAGGAUCAAACCUUCAAGCGCUCAUAAAGAGUACUCAGGAGCCAAGUAGCUCUGCACACAUUGUUGUUGUUAUCUCCAACAAAGCUGCAGUGGCCGGGUUAGAUAAAGCAGAAAGAGCUGGAAUUCCCACCAGAGUAAUUAAUCAUAAAUUGUAUAAAAGUCGUGAAGAAUUUGACAGUGCAAUUGACCAAGUCCUUAAAGAGUUCUCCACAGACAUAGUCUGUCUUGCAGGAUUCAUGAGAAUCUUAUCUGGCCCCUUUGUCCAAAAAUGGAAUGGGAAAAUGCUCAACAUCCACCCAUCCUUGCUCCCUUCUUUUAAGGGUUCAAAUGCCCAUGAACAGGCCCUGGAUGCCGGAGUCACAAUCACUGGGUGCACUGUGCACUUUGUAGCUGAAGACGUAGAUGCUGGACAGAUUAUUUUACAAGAAGCUGUUCAAGUGAAGAGGACUGAUACUGUUGCAACACUGUCUGAAAGAGUAAAAUUAGCAGAACAUAAGAUCUUUCCCAGAGCUCUCGAAUUGGUGGCCAGUGGAACGGUACAGCUUGGAGAAAAUGGCAAGAUCUGUUGGGUCCAAAAGGGCCAGCUUUGAAAGAAGAAUGUUUACAUAGUAGCUUUUUAUCAUGGAUUCAGCUCUCAAAAAAAAUUUCUAAACAGGAGAGUAUAUUCAAACAUUGUAAAAAAGAGGAUUUUCCGAGAGCAAAUGUCAGCAAUGCCAGAAUCUCCUGGUUUUGCUAUUGUUUUUGUGUUACAGUGAAUUUAGGCAUCAUCUCUGUGUCGUCUUACCUGUACUCCUGGUUAGGAGAUCAGAGGUAGUCAAAGGUCCAUGGGCAUGUAAAUUCCCGCUGGUAGAUGCUGUCAGUAAUUGCAAAGUUCUUGCCACCCGAAAGGCUGAGGCACUUCUAACUUUCUGCAGUAGUUGUCGCCAUUGCUCCAUAAUCUUUAUGAAGUGUCAUGUAUUUGUAGCUUCUUAGUUUAUUUUCAUUUCUAAGGUAGUGGUAAAAUGAGUCUUUAAAAAAAAACCUGCUAAGGACUUCCCCUGGUGGUGCAAGUGGUUGAGCAUCAUGCAGCCUCUGUUGUUGUCCGCAGCCUCUGCAGUGCGGGGUUUCCCGGCCAGCCGGCGAGGGUCCCACAUGGCACGGCAGACUUCUCCUGUCACGCCCGCUGCUCCCCUCAGCAGUGUAUUUCCUCAGUCUGCUUGUUAUGUUCCCCGCUCCGUGUCUGGUGAGUCCUCUUUCCCUCCCCUGCAUCUGGCCUGUGCCCAGGUUCUUAUAUAAAUAAGUAAAUCUUUGGAAAACAAAAAAUCUGCUAAAAACCUCACCCUUCUUUGGCAUUGUAAUGAUAGACAUGCAUUUAAACAAAACUGGCACAGCAUGUCUAGGACAUGGGUGUCAUCUCUGGUGGUCUGUCAGGUUUUACUUGUCAAGAAUGUUCUCAGUCAUCAUCAGCUUAGUUAUUCAGAAUUCCUUUCACUUUCAGCCAAACAAGAUACCAAAAUUCUUAGUCCUUAACAUUUUUCUGACCAUGGCCACCUCCAUUUUUUUUAGCUACAUGUUCUCUAACCUUUGAAAAGCUCGCCAACUAACAAGUUAAUAUCUCUUUCCCAUGUUGUGCACUAGCGUCAGACAUAGAGCUUUAGGUACAUUAUUCAUCCUGUCUCUGAUUCCUUAUCUACUAACAUAGGCAACUGCGUGUCAUAUAGUUGUUUUGAUAAUUAAAUUUAAUACAUAUAUGCUAAGAACAGUUUUUGGCAUGGAGUAGACACAAAAGAUCUGCAUCUAUUUCUGAGUUCCUGCUCCCUGUUUUGAUGUGUUAUUCAUUCAAUAACUACAUCUUGAACAUAAUAUACAUCAAGGAUGGUGAUGCUGGAAUGUUAGAAGUGUGGCAGCAAUGGGGCAUUCAGGUACAGCACUUCACAUAGGUCCCUUUGUUGUAAAAGCAGUUGACUCAUUUCUUCUAGAGACUUCAGUCUACCUGAUUAAGCACCUGUUACAUAUGUGUCAGACAUUGCCUUAUGAAGUCUAGCGAAAGGAAAAUGUUACUGGUUAAUAAAAUCACAUACUAUAAUAAAAAUAGAGGCUGGUACCAAGAUGUAAUUGGGGGGGGGGAAUCAAUGAGAAUUUAUGCAAGAAAUAAAAUUCCUAGGCCUUACUUUAAUGCUAAUCUCUACCUAAAGGAAUGUGAACUCCAUGUAAAUUAGUUGACUCCAUAUCUUGGGAUAGGGAAAAUCAAAAAUGUGCCUGAAAUUAAUUACCAGAAGCCAAAAAACAGUUGACAAUAACGGGAGUAAGAGGACAAAGGAGUUGGCUUAAAGGAAGUCCCCUGCCAGCCCGUUUGUGAUGAAUUGAGUCUUAUUUAGAAAUGUUGGGUUUAUGGAUGGUUAGUUUGUGGUACUCAAAAAUGAAAAGUCAUUUAAGUUAUGCAGAAACAGUAAUAAUGCAAAAAAGAACAAGAUGCUAAUAUUUUCUUAAUGCAGUCAGUAUGGAUAUUUGUCUUUCAUGGUAGAUACCUGUUUCUUUGUAUAAGUAGGAAUAAAACAAUCCCUUCAUCACAGUUCAGCCAGAAAGAUGUGGGUUGUGACUGUUACUCAGCCUUGCUGGUUACACAACAGUUGUAAAUGACUUGAGUGUGAGUCCAAAAUAAGCCAAAUGUUCUUAAGAGGAAAGUUACAAUUUCUAAGAGUUCAUGGCCUCUACAUGUUUAUUCUCAAAUUUUUUACUUACGUCUUUACAAACAUUUUUAACUCUCAAGUACAAUAGCAUUUAAUUGUAAUAAAGCUUAAUCGCUGACAUACAACUAGCCUUUUCUUGUUUUGUUU